UUUAAUUUUUCCACACGAGGUUGUUGAAAUGAAUUCAACAAUGGCGUCGCCUCUUUAUAAUCUUCGAUGGGGUGAUUAUUUGCCAAAUAUGCUCAAUGUCUUCGAACAAUUAUUGAAAAAAGAAGAAUACACUGACGUCACAUUGUGGUUAGAUUCAGGACAAAUGGUGGUUAAAUGUCAUAAAAUUAUUUUAGCCGCUUGUUCGACAUUUUUCGAAGAUAUUUUCUCAAGUAUGAAAACAAAAGGUCAUGCCAAUGUUGUUUUAACUGACAUCAAAUAUGCUGAUGUUAAACCAAUUUUAGAAUUUAUCUACAAAGGCGAAAUUAAUGUCACACAAGAGGAACUUCAGGGUAUUUUAAAAACUGCCAAUUUUUUAAAGAUAAAGGGCCUCAUUCCCGAAUAUAAUGACAAAUAUGACUCGAAAUUUGAGCCACAAGUCAAUAUAACGACAUGUGAAGCUGACAGUAACGCUGAGGCUUCUUCUGAUAAUCGAACACCAUGUUGUUCACAUAAAUGUGAAGAUAAACCACAUGUUGAGGAGCGAACAAAAUCUCAACAACCAACUGUUUGGCCACGUCAAUUGGAGCAGGAGCAAUCGCAAAAUUAUUCGUCCGAUACAAGUAUAGAAAGUCAAGCGAAAAGAAUAAAAGAGGAGCCAGUAUUUGAACAGACGCCAAUAAUAAAGAAAGCAAUGGAUAAAAAUAAACGUAAACGUACGCCCGACAAUUAUCCCCAUCCGUCAAUGAGCUAUGAACAUCCACCACGUCCACAGAGUAAUAAUUCAAUGCAUGAACGUCCAAGAGAUAAUUACGAUUACUAUGUACCGGAAUACAAUAUUCCUGAUGAUUAUUUGAGGAUUAAGGAGCAAAGCAGUUCAAAGGGUCAAAAGAAAAACGUCCGUCAAGACUCCGCGAAUAAUACACCGGGAGGCAAGGAAUGGCGAAAAUACAAAAAAUACACGCCCGAAGAAUUGGAGGCAGCAUUACAAGCAAUGCGAAUGGGUCUAUCGCCAAUUGCUGCCUCCAAAGAAUUUAAUGUUCCAUCACGUACACUCUAUGAUAAGGCUAAAAAAAUGGGUAUCGACACUAAGGACAUACGACGAAAUUGCAAUAGAAGCGCGGCAUUUCCCAUUGGUAUUGGACGAAAUAUAAAUAAUCGCAUUUAUCGACCAUUUCAACAAAACGACUACGACACAAUGACAACAAUUCACAGUGAUAAUUUCAAAAGUGAACCAUUUGAACAAACCGAGCCACCCGAACGUGACGCAAUUGAAAUGUUGACAUAUCAACGACCGGAUCUUCAAAUACGACCGUCAACAUCCGAUGCUGCCAACAAUUAUGAAAAUACAAUUGCCGAAGAUCUUUCAAUUAAACACGAGACAAGUGUCAUUACAUUAAAUCCAAAGACUUAACACAUUCCUUAAUUUUCCAGUUUCUUUUUUUUUUUUUUUUUUUUUUUUUUUUUUUUGGGAAUAGGAAAAAAAAGUUACAAUUGCUACGUGCUGAAAAACAAUAUUGUUUUUAAGAACCUAACAUUUGUAAUUUAAAAAAAAAAAAAAAAAACAAAAAAUUAUUCCAACGAUCCGAAAAUGUUCAAAUGUUGAAAAAAAGAAUUUUUAAACGAAAACGAAAAGAAUCCAGAGGGCGAAAAAUUUUAUGAAAUGAUAAAAAAAAAUUUUAACAAAAAGAAGUAAUAAAUAAAAACAAUCAAAAUGAAUAAGACAGAAAGUUUAAAAAAAAAAAACAAAUGAAGAAAAUAUAAAAAAAAAUGAUAAGAAUCAGAAAAAUAAAAAAGAAGCGAUAAAAAAUAAAAAAAAAUAUAUCAGAAAUGUUAAAAAAAAA